AUGACCCAGACCAGACCCAGACCCAGACCAGACCCAGACCCAGACCCAGACCAGACCCAGACCCAGACCCAGACCCAGACCCAGACCCAGACCCAGACCAGACCCAGACCCAGACCAGACCCAGACCCCCGACACUAUUCAGUGCUUUCAUUUCAUUUGUGUUUAUCAGUUCGAAUCGCGACUAAAGCAAACCCCUGGGAGGGAAAGACACUCAAACCAGAAAGUGUCCAGAAUCAGCUGGAAACGUCUCUGAUAAGACUGUGCACACAAAGUGUGGAGCUGUUUUACCUUCACGCGCCGGACCACCAGAAGCCCAUUCAGGACACACUACAGGCCUGCAACCAGCUGCAUAAAGAGGGCAAAUUCAAACAGCUGGGCUUAUCGAACUAUGCAUCAUGGGAAGUGGCAGAAAUCUACUUCAUCUGCAAACACAAUACCUGGGUGCUUUCUACUGUAUAUCAAGGCAUGUAUAAUGCAACCACACGACAGGUGGAGACUGAGCUGCUGCCAUGUUUGAGAUACUUUGGCAUCCGUUUCUAUGCAUACAAUCCCCUGGCAGGUGGGCUUCUGACUGGAAAAUAUCACUAUGAAGAUAAAGACGGCGCUCAGCCUGCGGGCCGAUUCUUCAGGAGCAGCUGGGCAGGUACUUACAGAGACAGAUACUGGAAGGAGAGUCAUUUCCAAGGCAUAGAUGGCAUUCAGAAGGCUCUGGAAGCACCGUACGGCUCAGAGAAACCCACCCUGACAUCAGCUGCUAUUCGCUGGAUGUACCAUCACUCUCAUCUGAGGGGUAAUCAUCGGGAUGUCCAGCAUGGAGCAGCUGCAUGAGAACCUGACAGCAGCCGCAGAAAGUCCGCUCAAACACGCCUGGGAUUUAGUGGCCCACGAGUGUCCAAACUACUUCCGCUAGAUGCCCCGUGACAGUUAGAGAAUAAAACGAUAUGAAGCCUAAUUUGUAAGAACUAAUACAGAGAUCACUUUAUUUUUUCUGUGUUCAUAUUUUGUGAGUGAACAGUUACAAUUGAGUUGGACCAGCCUUCGGCAUCCUAAUAAACACAAUGACAAAAUGAAACAUCUCUGAGCUCACCAACACUUGAUUUUUCUCCAUGUUUACAUGAGAAUGCAGUACAAAUCAAUGUGAUAGUGGCAUUUUGAUGAAUAACUGUUUUGUUGUCUUGCCAAAAACUUGUUAAAAUAACUUACAUUUAACAAUAAGAAUAAAAGAGAUCCCCUGUUUGCCUCCGUUCGUUUCUCUCCGUUCAGUAGUCAUACUAAACUUUGUAUUUUUGUAGAAAAUUGUAGACAAUAGAAACUAAACAGUGUGCAGAUGACUGUGAUAGUAAUGCGCAGCUCACUGAAAGAACACUCAAUAAAACGUUUCAUGGUUUUAUGUUGGAUCGACACAAUGAAUGUUCACAAAAA